AUGCUUUUCGUGUCGUCAUUCACAUCGUUCCCUACCUACACAGAAGAUCAUACUAAAUUUUCUCUACACGCGAUAGCAGACAAUACCGGGGCAAUGGCCAUUGCUCAGCAGAAGGAUUCGAGAUUUAUGGCUGAGAAAACCCCGCCCAUCUCUAUAGAGACCAGUGCGAUCGUAUGGACUCGUGCAGGAGUCAGGCGAGCAGCCAUUUAA